GGUCUAUCGCGAACACGGAAAUACGCAAAUUGCGGUCAUCUUUAUCUGUCACUGUACAUCUUAAUCAGGAUUGGAUGGUUCUUUAUCAGGUCGUGGAUAUUGAUUCGUGUCCUUUCAGUUUUACACUAACAACAAAUCGGUAUUCGCGUAUUCAUUAACCAUUACAUUUCGUUACGACGUCAAAUCGAUGUCGCUGGAUAGCACAGAGUUGCUAGUGAACGAGCAUUUAGGUUUCGGGGUCUCCCGGCCCGAUGGACACCACAGAGUUUGAGUCUGAGAGCGCACAGGCCGAGCAUAUUGAUUAGGUCGCAAAGAAGAAUGAAUGAUCGAAUGAAGAACGAAUGCCAGACCGAGGACUCGCAAGGCCUGAGUGAGGUAGCUACGGCAGUUACUUUACAGUCUUUACACACUGGUAUCGGCGAAGCUAAGAGUGCACAGAACGGUCAGAUAAACCAUCAGGUGAAGGGAGAAGAGACUGAGCAGACUGUAUGAGAAACAUGAGGAGAAAGAAGAAUUAGUGCUGGGCUCUGAAAAGAAAGUGGUUGUAGUGCAUCAAGAAAUCAUGGUCCCAGGGAUGACCUGCUCUGUCCAACUUGAGCACAUGCAUGUGGACAUGCAGCUCCGUACAUAUAGGAUUGGUGGCCACAUUUAUGAUUUCCUGCAUUUCCCGAGUAGCACCGACAGUACAGGAGAAGAAAAUACAAAGAAUCAAGCUCAACAUAAAUCCAAAACCAAGCCACCAGAACAGAUUAUAAAGAAUGAAAUCCCAUUUCAUCAUCAGGAAAAGCAUCUUACAAAGAAGCUACACAAAUGUGCCUAUUGUACUUACUCCAGCAACAAUAAGGCACAUUUAAAUGUUCAUGAAAGAAUACACACAGACGAAAAAGUCGAAAAACCUCACAAAUGCUCCUAUUGUACCUACGCUUCAUGUUAUAAAAGUCUUGUAAAAAUACACGAGAGGAUACACACGGGAGAAAAACCUUACAAGUGUAACUAUUGCAGUUACGCUAGUUCCACGAGUAAAGUUCUAAGAACACAUGAAAGAAUACACACUGGUGAAAAGCCCUAUCAGUGCGACUACUGUCCUUACGCGAGUGCUAAGUCAAGUGGAUUAAAGCUCCACGUAAGAACACACACAGGUGAAAAGCCUUACGAAUGUAAAUACUGCGGGUACAGAUUUGCUAAUAAAAGUCAUGUGACAACUCAUGAAAGAAUACAUACCGGUGAAAAGCCAUACAAAUGUAACUACUGCAGCUACGCGACUGCCCAUAAAAGCGAUUUAAAUGUUCAUGAACGGACCCACACUGGCGUGAAACCAUACACAUGUAACUACUGCGAUUAUGCUAGUUAUUUAAAAAGCACUAUAAAAGUCCACGAAAGAAAGCAUACUGGUGAAAAGCCAUACAAAUGUACUUAUUGUAGUUACACUAGUGCCCAAAAAGGGCAUUUAAAGGUACAUGAAAUUAUACACACUGGUAUAAAACCCUACAGAUGUGACCAAUGUAAUUUUGCUAGUGUGUUCAAAGGCAGUUUACUAGAACACAAAAAGGUCCACUUGCAACAACAAUUGACGGACUGAACAAUAGCAAACUGAAAAUUUUAACACAUUCACUGCCAGACAAAAAACGGCGCACUACCCCAGAAACCGGUGGUCUAUAGCUGCGUACAAAACAACCCGCCCAGCGGGUUGUCCGGCAUCUGAACAAAGUUCACGAGCGCCCAUCAGGUGGGUUCCCGGCAGUGAAUGUGUUAAAAUACCAUUUUUUUUUAUACUACGUCGAUACGGCCCGCCUGAUGGUAAGCAGUCUCCGUAGCCUAUGUACGCCUGCAACUCCAGAGGAGUCAACCUUACUCGCCAGCAAGAACACAAACUAUGAGAAUUUUGCGGACACUUUGACGCUGUCACACGGUGUGGUGCAACUGACAUUAUUAAAGCGCUUAUUAUGUAAAUAUGUUGGGUUUUUUGGGUUCGUGAUUCCGAGUGUCAUAAAUGUAUAGGAGACCGGGCAGGAGGAGUAUUAGUGAAACGCGUGAUAGCCGGUUGAAUAAUGAAUCCGCAGCCAAAUAACACUAGACCCUACUCAUAGUGUUGUGUUCCUGUCGGUGAGUAAGGUUGCCAGAGCUCAACGAGGGGGGAAGGGGGUUUGGGUUGGCAACGCCCAUGUAACUCCUCUGGAGUUGCAGGUGUACAUAGGCUACGGAGACUGCUUACCAUCAGGCGGGCCGUAUGCUUUUUUGCCACCGACGUAGUAUAAAAAAAAUGAACAUUUAUUGUAUUGAACUGCCGCCUUAUAUACUAUUUCCGAUAUGGCUAAAAACAGAAAGAUAGGUAUCCAAUAAUAUUAAUAUGUAUUCUACCCUUCGACUAAAAUCGCGUUGGUAGCGAUCGCAAUAGGAUGUCUUCUGUCUAAUCUUCUAACACGUAAGACGGGUAGAUCAAAAUGCAGCAAUUUGGGAUUACCCUGCCGGAGACUCACUACUACGUAUGUGAGAGCAGCACGCCCUGUCUUCUGUCUCGCUCCAACUGCCGCAUAAAUAUGAGCGCGGCGCCCGCGCGCGCUUCAGUUGACUCCGGCCGUCGAUGCAAACGCAUGUCCAAGGUUUCAAGGUCAUACAGAACUGAUACUUUUGUAAAAUAUUAUUGAUCUCUUAAACUUAUAAAACUAGUUAAGUAAAUAUUUAUAACUUAUAAGUAGUAUAUAAGUUAUUUUAAUAAUACUUUUAAGAUCGCUUUAUUUACAUAAUAGCUAUAUACAGAUGUAUUACUAGUAAUAGCUAGCUUUAAUCUAAAAUAGGUCCUUGAGGCAUUGUACCAAGGAUGCUGGCGGCAUUUCCUCGUUGUAUCGCAAUACUGAUACGUUGUGCGAGGAAGCCGCCAGCUCUUCGAUCAACAGUUACGUCAACCAGACGCUUCGGGAUUUCUGCAAAAAACUUAGUUUAGUAAUUUAGGCCAUGAGAGACUGUAUUAUUUUAUAACUUAGUUUACUUACCAUGGUGUAUUUUAUAAAAUUAGGUAAUAAAAAAUAGUAAAUAAACGAUAAUUAUGACUAGGUAA